AUGCCAUUAAAACUACUCCAUCCCCCACAAAGGCCAUCUUCGCCCCUGCAGCCACGGCAACCAUCCUCAAAUCCCACAGCCCCCGUGGAGGGCACGCACGCCGCCCCACCAGUGCGUGCACCACCUCACACCAUCAUCGCCGCUUCCAUGGCCCCCACCGCCUCCCGUACCGCUUUUAAUAUGAUUAAACAGAAUCGGGCGCCUCCGUCCACAUUGCACCCUCUGCUGCAGCUGCGCCUCCCGACGUUAACCGUUUUCAUAUUGGUAGUACUAUCCAACGUUGAUCCGGGGAUGGCUGCUGCCGGUUCCGCGGCUAGCAGUUCGCCGGAAUCAGAAGCCCUGCGCUCCUUCAUUUCCCAAUUCGAUAGUCCCGGAGGAUUGGCACCGUGGUUAUCUGAUACAAGCAGCCCGUGCAGGGGGAACAAAGCGAACUGGGACGGCCUAGUCUGCAACGGCGGAUCGGUGUGGGUUCUGCAGGCAGAGAACAAGGGGCUGAAGAGCGACGCGCUGAGCUUGGAGGCCCUCAGGAGGCUGCCCAAUUUGAGAUCCCUGAGCUUGAAGAGCAACAACCUCAGCGGCCAUUUGCCCAACAUAAGCACAAUCCUUCCGGCAUUGAAAUCGAUCUACCUGUCGGACAACCAGUUCGACGGGGAAAUCGCGGGCGGCGCGUUCGCGGGAAUGCUGAACCUGAAGAAGGUGCACUUGGCAAACAACAGGUUGAGCGGGAAAAUCCCGGAGUCGCUCACCCGCUUGCCCAGACUUUUGGAGUUGGAGCUGGAGAACAACAGGUUUGCUGGUAGAAUACCAGAUUUCCACAAUGACAAGAAGCUCUACCUGGUGAAUGUCUCCAACAACCUGUUGGAGGGUCCUAUUCCCCCGACCAUCUCCAAGAUGGAUCCAACCAACUUUUCAGGCAACCGGGGUCUAUGCGGGGCACCGCUGGCCAACAUCUGCCCUGUCGCCAAUGCCAGCUCCACCAACUCCGGCCAUAACGGCGGCAGCGGUGGCUCCAAGACAUCUACUGUGGUAAUAACCGCGGUGGCGGUGGUAGUAGCGGUGAUAGCAUUGGUGGCCAUCUGCGCCCUGACGAUCGUCAUCCUUCGGAGCCACCAGCGGUCAGCUCGGCAUCAAUUGCCGCUUGCAGCGGAGGGUCGGCCUCUGCCGUCAAGCUUGGGGAAGAAGGUGGGGUCCGGGGAGCUGGACCAGAUGGAGCAGGGCAAGAAGGGUGGUGCCGGCGGGGGACAAGCGGCAGGUGGGAGGUUGUCAUUUGUUAGGCAAGACAGGGAGAAGUUCGAGCUGGGGGAGCUGCUGAAGGCGUCGGCGGAGAUAAUGGGGAGCGGGUGCUUCGGGUCAUCCUACAAGGCAGCACUGGUGAAUGGACCGGUGAUGGUGGUGAAGAGGUUUAAGGAGAUGAACAAUGUUGGGAGGGAAGAGUUUCAAGAGCACAUGAGAAGGCUUGGGAAGCUCACACACCCCAACUUGCUUCCUCUUGUUGCCUACUACUACAGGCAGGAAGAGAAGCUCUUGGUCACCGACUUUGUUCACAAUGGCAGCCUUGCCGUUCGUCUUCACGGCAACAAUGCUCAAGGCGUACCGAGUCUAGAUUGGCCAAGUAGGUUGAAAAUCGUAAAAGGAGUGGGAAGGGGGCUGGCGUACCUCCACGGCGAGCUUUCAAGCCUUGUCACUCCGCACGGUCACCUCAAAUCCUCGAAUGUCCUCCUCAAUGAGUCCUUCGAACCUCUACUCGCCGACUACGGACUUGUUCCACUCACUAACCAAGAGCACGCCCAAGACUUCCUGGUGGCCUACAAGUCACCCGAGUACCGCGACCUCCACCGCGUCACUAAGAGGACCGACGUUUGGAGUCUCGGCGUCCUUAUUAUCGAGAUCCUCACGGCUCGGUUCCCGGCCAACUACAUGUUGCAGCGGGGGCAAGGGAAGGGGAGCGAAGAGUCGGACUUGGCAAGGUGGGUAAGCUCAGUGGCACAGGAGGCGGAGGCAUCGGGAGCGGAGGUGUUGGACAAGGCGAUGGGGGGAGGAAGGAGCGUGGGGAGCGAAAGGGAGAUGAUGAAGCUGUUGAGGAUAGGGUUGGCGUGCUGCGUGGGGGACGUGGAGAAGAGGUGGGACAUGAAGGAGGCUGUGGAGAGGAUCGAGGAGGUGAGAGAAGGUUUUGAUGACCAAGAGUUCUACUCCUCGCGAUCCUUUGCUAUCACCGAAGUCGACAACGACAAGUUUCAUUCCACCAGAAAGUUGUCCGAUGAUUUCGACAUGUAG